AACGUGGCGGUCAUCACCUACAGUAUGCAAUCACUCGGAUAAAUUCACUCAGGAUGCCACUAAAGUCUACUUUGCUAGCGUAACUCGAAACCCUCAUCAACAUUGUAAGUACUGCCAGCGCUUCCCAAACCCAGGCUUGUGGCAAGAGCUAACUGACAGUGUGCGAGAGGCAGUUGCUGGGUGCAGCGGGUGUUACGUUGGGGAGGUUGUCAUCGAUGAGGAAGGAGCCAAGCUUAUACGGUACAUUGCUAAUUCUGGUACUGCCCCUGGUGAGGCAAGGUUGCAGGGAAGUGAGGGAGUUGUUUGGCAGGUGCUCCAACCACGAGGGGAAGAAGAGGAAGAAGGGGAUCAAGAGCCCUCUCCUCGGUCGAGGCAAUUGUAUAUAUCCAACGUUAUGGAUGUCCCCGAAGUGAAGUAUUUCGAGUUUACUAAGCCCGGAUCUUUCCUGGCUAUACCGAUAACGUAUUCAAGCCUCUUGAAUAAGGAGGGCCUGGAAGCAGCAGUGACCGACAUGAAGGAACGACGAGCACAGUUCGCGGAGGAAAUGGCAUCGUUUGAGGAGGCUAAGGCUCAAUAUGAGCAGGCAGUGGCUGAGCUAAAGGAAGGGGAGGAGAAUCCCGAGGAACCCGUACAGCCAGUGAUUAGAGAAUUGAGUGCUUUGGAGGGCGUAACUGGGCAGCUGGUUCUAUGUGUGGACACCCUAGGAGCAGAGGGAGGCUUGUUGGAGAUCCGCCAGCAGUACAUCGAGGAGUUGGCUGCCCUCUGCGGUCACCUUGAGAAGGGGAAGGCUGCUAUGGAGCUACAAGCUGUUAGGGAACAGGCUGAAUACAUAACGUCUGAAGCUGGCGAGGCCAAUCGUACGGAAUUGAUGGGUAAGUAUGUGGAGGCCACCGGUAGAGAGGCACUGGAGGAGGUGGAGAAGCGAGUGGAGGAGGAAAUCGAAGGACUAGGGGAAGGUUCAAUGCGCGCGGUCGGAGGUCGAGGAAGUGUUAGUACUGUAGAUACGACUGAUGAUGAUAAGGAGGUUAUACGCUUAGCCCACAAGUUGAAGAUGUUGAGGUCUGUAUUGGAUGCUACUCUUAAGGGCAACUUGCUACUUGAUAUCAGCUCUAGAAAGCUACCCGAAGAGGCAUUGGCUGUUCUCAUGAAGGCGGUGCUGUUUUUCCUCGCUGAGCAAGAUGCGUCUUCGAUUUAUGGAGAUAUGGAGCUCCAGUGGUCUCAGCUGGUAGCCGCUCUACAUUCUGAUGGCAUUUGGGAGAAGAUCAUAUCGGCUGAUAUGAGGCGACCAAGGCCAGGUGUGCCUUCGGAACAUACUCUAGAGAGGGCAAAGGCUUUGGUCGAGGAGGCGAUACAAUGUGGCGGUCAGAAGGCCGAGGAUGGUGCUAUCGAGGAGGAAGUGAGUAAGGAGCGCCCUGCCGAGGUUAUAUUGUUGGGCUUGUUGGAGGCAGCAGUUGAGCUUAGAGAGAAGGAUGUCCGUAUGAGGUGGCUAAAUAGUGACCUGCACAAGAGGAUAUGGGAGCCUCGGGUAGCAGCAACGGAAGAGGUAGAGAAGGACGAAGGAGAUACUGUUGAGGAGGGUAAGGGAGAAGAGGCAGGAGAUAGUCCGGAAGGAGGGGGAGAAACUGAAGGAGCUUUACCUGCAAAGGAGCUUGUUGAAGCCCCAGUUGCUGUUGACCCUAGCGAGGCGUCUGCCAUCGACGCUGACUUCGUACCACUACUAGAGGCCGAACUAGCACAGCUAGCUGAGGAGAGGGAGGCAUCGGCAGCAGCUGCGGAUGGUGGGACCGAGUAG